CCAUUUAAUUCGAAUCUCGACUAGAACGUUCGUCUCCUGUACAUGUAUAAAAGGAGAUUGAGAUGAUUCAUAUUCUAUCAUUUAUCUAGUAUUAUGAUUCGGUUUUGGUUUCAUUGAUCAUUGAUCUAAACAAACAAUAUUGAUUUCAUAAUCGUAUUCGUGACAACAUUGAAACAAAAAAAAAUGAUUAUGGAAAACAAUAAUCGGCAACAAUCACAAUCGAUACCAAUCAAGUUUUUUGCUAUACAAUUACUCAUCCUAUUGAUAAUUGCCGUACAGACGAAUGGAUCACAGAAAUUUGUACCGAACGGUCGAUAUGGACGACGAUCUGAUUUACCACCAUUGUCAUCCAUAAAUAAUAAUCCAUCAUCAUCAUAUGAUAUUAAUCGAUUUGUUUCUAGUUUGACGGAUGCCGAUGCGAUGGCCAUGAAUCAAGAUGCUGAAAACAUGUUGUUGAUGAUGACAAUGAAUGGACCACAAUCAGUGAUGAAUAACAAUAAUCUUAAUUGGUCAGCAUCAUCGAAUCUGGCCAAACAGCUUUGGUGGCUAUGUGCAAUGAACGAGGACAAAAUAAUCAUGAAUCGAUGUUUACGAAGCAUACCAAUGAUUAAGAUGGUCUUGAUGAAAGCUGCUGCUACUGAUCAUUCACUCAUGUCCGAAAUUGAUACACAACCACAAAUAUUACAACAACCAUUGAAACAGCAACGACAAGGACAAGAUCAAGAUCGUCAAUGAUUACAAUUCAAACAGGGCUUGAUGUUUAAAAUCAAACGAAAUAAAAAUCCACAUAUUUCCAAUUUCACACACCCACAUAUUUACCACUCCCUCCUGACACAUACACACACACACACAAAACAAAAAAUGAUCGAAUGAAAAAAGAAAUGAAUUCUAAAUUUUUUUUUCAAUUU